AUGUCCAUAGGUAUGCGGUAGCAUGGCGACUGCAUCCUAUAAAUACUGCAGCCCCUUGUGCAUGAACCACCCGUAUCUGCUUUUGUCCCCAAGGAUGGGUUCGAGCAGGAAUCCGAAACGUCAGGCUAAUAAAGCUCUUGUCUCAACGAUCGUGUCUCCUUCUGCAGGAGAAGUGUUAGGAGAUGCGGACCCACCUCUACUCUACCUUCAUGGGAAUGACGAAAGCCGUCGACAUGGUGGAUCGCGAAGAAAUGAGGAAAAUUAUGCAGAAAUUCGACUGCCCCGAACGAUUCACUCAGGCGGUGCUUCAGCUCCACAGUGACAUGAUGGCGCGAGUCACGGGCAAUGACGCUGUCUCAUAGACAUCUGCAGUUAGCAAGGGAGUGAAGCAGGACUGCUUCCUCCCACCUACCGCCUUCGGUCUCAUGUUCUCUGCCAUGCUGAUGGGUGCAUACCGUGACGAACGCCCCGGGACCCGCGUCGUCUACAGGACGGACGGCCAACUCCUCAAUUAGCGACGGAUACACUUCCAGUCGCGUAUAUCCACAGCCAACGUCCACGAACUUCUCUUCGCCGACGACUGCAACAACUGCGGCCUGGUCAUCGAUAUGGAGAAGACGGCGGUUAUGCAUCAACCGCCACCCGACUCUGCAUACGUCACACCCCAAAUCAACGUGUACGGCGCCAAAAUGCAAGUCGUGGACAAGGUCACCUACCUGGGCAGCAUGCUCUCCCGCCCCACCAAGAUCGACGAUGAAGUGGCCCGUCGGAUCUCCAAAGCCAGCCAAGCCUUCGGUCGUCUGCAAAGCACAGUCUGGAAUCGCCACAUUUUCCACCUCAACACCAAACUGAAAAUGUACAAGGUGGUCAUCCUGUCGAUGCUGCUGUAUGGGACGGAGACCUGGAUGGUCUAA